ACUAAGUGAGUGAUCAAUUAUUUCGUUUUAUAUGAUAAGUCAGAGAAGUUAUUGAUGAUUGAAGCCAAAGCCCAUGCCAUUAGUCAUUAGUGCCCAUCAUUGUAAUUGUAUUUAUAGUAGGCCUAUGUCAUAGCAUAGGCAUAGUUAAGUCUUUGAUUAAUUUUUAAGUAAGCAUCAGCAACUGCAGCAACAUAGACAUGACAUAGUAAAAAAUAAGGUAUUAUAUAUUAUUAAAUGUCAUGUAUUUAAUUAAUCUGAUAUUAUUAAUAUUAUUAUAUUUUUAAAAUUUAUAUUGGCGAAAUAUUAGGCCUAUAAUUAAUAAUUAUAUUAAUCAGAGAACCUAUUUAAUACCCAUUCAUAAAGUCUUAGGGGGUGUCCAUUUAUUACAUCAACAAUUUUUAAGCAAUGUUUUACUCUCCCUCUUGCCCUUGUCAACAACUUUCAAACUUCCAAUGACACACACUCCACCCCAAGCCAAAUAACAAUUUUACGAAUCACAAACAUCCCCUUAAUAUUUUAAACGUUUUUAAACCCCCCCCCCCCCACACACACACAUACCAAAUUGAAUUAUAAUAAAAAUAAAUAUAUAAUAAAAAUACAUGUUACUUUGUGCUCAUCUAUCUUAAUAACACAAAAUUGUAGGAAGAACAUUUUAUUGCUUCUUUAGCUUGUUAAUCAAAAAGUUUAAAAGUUUUUACACAUAAAUUUUACAAUGCAGAAUCAAUGAAAAGGUUGUUUAAAUAUCAUUGUUUGUGGAAGUAUAAAUAUGAUUAUUGUCAGUAUAGCUGACUAUCGUAUCAUAGUUUAUAGCUGCUAUCAUCUUCCCAGGCCCUGGAGUAGCCAGGUGUUGCUCUAUCGUAGCAAUGGACAUAGUAUCAUUUUCAUCUUGCAGAACUGAAAUACCAGACAAGUCAACAUCAUCCUCAUCUAACCAUUUAGCACUUAAAAUAGAAGCAUUGUCAGUGUGAGCAAUAAUUGCCAUAAGCUCUCUCUGUUUCCUGGCAGCUACUUGCAUUAGUCAAAUCCUUCUUUUGUUGAGGAGCAGGUGGUAAUUUCUUAUGCCUUAUGCGUUGUCGGUGCUGUUGAACAUGCUAUUUCAACAUGACUUGUGAUGCAAAAUAGAUGUUACAGAUUUUGCAGAUCCAUUCAAGCAGCAAUGUUAUUAUUGUUACUCACUUUACUUUCCCCUAAUUCUCAAAAUAUCAUGUUCCUACUCUAUCUAUAUCAUUUACAUUGACUGCACAUGACACUUGAACCUUGCCCUUGUUCCAUACCUGAAACACGAUCGCAAACAUACCUCCCUAGUUAUUUGCGACAAAAAGAAUCUACAGGCGAAGAGCGGCCAACUUUUGACUUCUCUUGCUCUAACAUUUACCCAGAAGAGCAUUGACAGGCUGGAGGCGGUCCAGCGACGAGCAGCACACUUUGUCCUAAACCGCUACAGGAAUACCUCUAGUGUUGGCAGCAUGCUGGAAACACUAGGCUGGUCACCAUUGGAGAAAUGACGACGACAAUCCAGGCUCUCCAUGAUGUACAAGAUAAAUAAUGGGCUGGUCCACUGUUAUUGAUUCCGAUUCCUGGCGAUUAUUAAACAGAAACUCGUCCCUCUCCCCCAUAGACAGCGACGAGGCCAUGACAGGCAAUUCAGGCUCAUACCAGCGAGAAGCCAGUAUAGGAGCUGCCCAUUCCUGCCAAAGACAAUCAGGGACUGGAACAAUCUUUCAAAAGGAAAGGUUGAGGCGACAACACUAGACAGAUUUGUGUCUAUUGCCUCAAGCCUUCAAACCCCUAGUGCAUGAUUCCCUCACAAAGUGGCACUGGAAAUCUGUGAAAUUUCCUCUUCAACACCAGGAACAGAAACAUUGCAAAUCCCAUCUACAUGCAUAGGAGCCAAAAUGAUCAAUAAAUUGAUCGUGGGCCCUUAAGACUAAGAUAUAGAAGAAGAAGAAAGUGUACUAACAUCUUACCGACAAUCACAUUGAAUAAAUUUUAUAUUGUUAGAAGCCUAAAAAUUAUAUGACUAUUUCAAUUUACUAGUGAUAGGACGAUACCAAAAUUUUUAACGAUUCCGAUACGAUUCCGAUUCUACCCAAUUAUCCCGAUAUGAUUCCGAUUCCUGGCGAUUAUUACAGAUAUAUAUUACUGUGCCCAGUUAUGUUAUUAACAUAUUUAAUUAAUAUAAAAGUUGAGAAUUGAUUAGAAAAGUUUAUUAACUUGCUAUUGAAGCUUUACAAUAUGCUAGAUAACAAUGUCUUGGAAAGGUUUUAUAUGGAAACAAACUUUGCGCUGUCACCAGCUUACGGCAGUAAUCGGUUAAGAAUUGUUUUGGUAUUGGAAUCGGGUCUGAAUUAUUCAGUUCCGAUACCGAUUCCCGAUGUUUUGGAAAAAUCCUGAUAUUUCGAUUAUUCCGAUACGAUUCCGAUUAAUCGUCCCAUCACUACAAUUUACACUCAUUAAAUUUGUUAAAAUAAUGUAAUAACUAGUUUAUUUUUAAGAUUAAAAUUUUAGUAGAGAAAACAUGAUUGUUGACGUCAACUAUCUACCCCCCCCCCCCCCCCCCCCCCCCCCGUAAACAACUGUCAAAUCCCCUCCCUCCCCUGUUUUGUUGACAUAAUUAAUGGACGACCCCUUAGUCUUAGGCUCUAAGACUUACGCAGUUACAUUUACCGGUACAUUAAAUAUUUUCUAUUUGCAUUCAUUAUUAUACCGGUACUAUGAUACUGAUACUAUUAUUAAAUCUAUUAAAUGCUAAAAAUUUUAAAAUGUACAGUCAAUAAGGCUAUGUUUUUAAUUUGAAGUCUAACUUCUAAAUACUGUAACAAGUUAAUAUUAAAAGGAGUAUACAGUAAGUAUACUGGUUGUCUAUUAUAAUAUUUAUAAAAUAAUAGUAAUAGUAACACUAUAGUAUGAUACAUAGUUAAGUUAAUGUAAUAUAAUUACAAAAUGGCUAUUUAGAACCGGGACGGGUCUCUUAGAUUUGGCCCCGGUUCAGUUUAGAUUAAAUGGCUAUAUGAGAAAUUAAUUUUUUUUCCUUGUUAUUUCAUAUUAAUAGUUUUAUUUUUUAUAAUUUUUUGCUGCUUUGUUGAAUUUUUUUUCUUGUUUUUUUAAAAGCCAUGAUUGUAGAACAGGCUUUUUUUAUCUAGCACCGGUAAUUAAGAUGAUGAAGAUACAUUUAUUAGAUUUUUAGAAAAGUAUUACAUUAAAUAUGAUUAAAUCAUUUAGUAAUUUAAAGAAAUCUGUAUUGUUUAAGUUAAAAGAUUUAAUUACACAAGUACACAGUACUUUACGGAUAAAUUCGGAAUUCUAAAUAAAAAUUUCAUAAUGAAAUUAAAUAAAAUUCAACUAUUCCUCUAAAUAAAGCUUGGCUUAAUUAGAACAAAACCACUAAUUAUAAUUCUCUGUCUCGAAUUUCAAGAAAGUUAUGAAUUUUUAAAAACUCGGGAACAGGGUCAAUUUUCAGAUGACUUAUAAUAAGUAGUUUUGACACCGGCUAUUUUAUGAAAUAACUUGGUUGGAACUUUCAAAUCUCUUGCACACACAACCAGUUAUAGUUAUAAACAUAUGACACACUCAGUUUUUUUCAGGGUUGCAACUAACAUGUAAAUACAAAUUUUAUUUCCAACAAAAAUGAGCCAAAGCACAAUGUUAAAAAUAUUGAAAGUUCAUUUUACAAAAAAUCAUAAAAAAUCAAUCAAUUAAGACUCCAAGUCUUACUAGUCACUUUCAUAAGACUGAUAAUAACUUACGUGUAUAUUGUCUUCUUUGUUCCCCUUGAGAGGUUUUUGCUUCCCAGUAGCUUUUGUAGCUUGAAAUAGGAACAGUUGCCUGCUGUUAUACUUUCUUUCACCUCUGACAUUAUUUCUUUGUGCUCGUUUAUAGUUGCCCCUAGAUAUUUGAAUGUAGCCACUCGCUGAAAUUUGUGGUUUUUGAUAUUGAUGUUGUCAUCAGCGUGUGAGUUUGGUGAUAUUAUCAUAUAUUUUGUCUUCGGUUCAUUUGCAUCAAGACGAACUUUGACUGAGUCAUUUUCAAGUUCCCUGAAUACCUUAAUUAUGUCAUUACUGUUUCUGCCCAGUGGCGCUAUAUCGUACGUAUGCCAGGGACUGCAAUGGCUGGCUAUAUAAGAUUUCUGAUGGUUGUUGUUCUGUAAUACCACUCUGGAAGUUGCUUGUUAUGGUUCCACUGGUGCUCACGUAUAUGCUUCUAAUAACUUUUUCUAGUGUGAUGUUAAACAGGAUACAUGAUAGUGAAACUCUUAGUCUGAGACCCUGAUUAACUGAGAACUCCCUUGAGUAUUCUCCCUGCCCCUUGAUUAUACUUUUUGAUUAUACUUUUGGAGUUACCCAUCGUCAUAUGUAUGAGCAAGGUAAGCUUGUUAGGGACUCCAAGUUCCUAUAGAGCAUUGUAUAGGUAAUUCCUGUCUAUGCUAUCGUAUGCUAUUUUGUAAUCCACAUAUAGUUGGUGUAUGUCGAUUUUAUAUUCGUAACAUUUAUCCAGGAGACAUCUAAUAGUAAAAAUAUGAUCCGUGGUUGACCUAUUCUGCCGGAAUCUGCAUUGGUAGUCUCCUAGGAUUUGUUCACUAAACCUUUCCAGUUUUCUUAUUAUAAGUUUUGUGAGGAUUUUGUACAUUACUUUAAGGAGGGAGAUUCCUCUGUAGUUUGAGCAGACCAACUUAGAUCCUUUUUUGUGAAUUGGGAUUAUGAGUGCAGUGUCCCACUCUAUUGGCAUUCCUUUCUCCUGCCAGAUUCUAGAUAUGAAGUUGUGUAUUUGCCUAUGUAGUUCAUUAUCACCUAGCUUUAUCAGUUCUGCAGAGAUAAGGUCUAUUCCUGGGGGUUUGUUAUUUUUCAUGGUGAAGAUCACAUCUUUUAUUUCAUUCAAUGUUGGUUGGUUGACCAGUGGGCCCGGUCCUCAUUGUGGUAGAGCGUAAUCCUUAUUGGUUCCUCCACCUGAGCCAUUCAGUAAGCCUUCAAUGUGUUGUACCCAUCUCUCUAGUACUCUACUGCUCUCUGUGAUCAAUUCUCCACCCAUACUUUCACACAUGUGGGAUCUUGCUUGAAAGCCAUUAUUUUCCUGCUUUAUCUGCAGGUACAUUCCCCUCACAUCUCUUUCUUGUGCCAACUCUUCUGUCUCUACUAUUUUUGAUUUUCCCAAACACGUUUUUUUCUGUCUACAAAUUUUGCUAGCCACCCUUCUUGUGUCAUUAAAUAAUUGCAUUGUUCUUCUUGUCUCCCUUUGCAACAUCAUUAGCCGAGCCUUGUUUCUUUGUUCUGUAAGUUCUUUGCAUUCUUCAUCAUACCAUCCUGUUCUUUUCACUAUCGGUUUAAAUCCAAUCUUUUCCUUUGUCACACUUUUUACUAUUUGCUUCAACUUUUCCCAUUGCUCAUUUAUAUCAACGUUGCUGGCUGAUUCCCUUUUGGAUAAUUCUAGUUGUGUUUCAAUCUUCUGUUGAUAUUCCUCAGUAAUUUUUGGGUCCCUGCUUAAUUUCUGGAUGUUGUACUGUUUUUCUCUUUUAUUUUGUUUGUUGUGGAUACUAAUAUGUCUGAGCCAUGCCUCUGGUCAAUGAGUAUGUGGUCAAGUUGAUUACGGGUAAAUCCAUCUGGAGAUAUUCAUGUCCCUUUAUGUAUUUGUGACAGAAUAUUGUGCUACUGAUUGUCAUUCCUUUUCCUGUAGCUCCGUUGUCAUUGCUCUCAUCAAGCAGACUUUCCAAUUGUUGGUCUGUAAGCAGGCUUCCAAUUUUGUCAUUGAAAUCGCCAAGGACUAUUUUGUUAUCAUGGCAUGGUGCCUCAUCAAAUACCCUUUGGAGUGUAUCAUAGAAAGUUUCCUUCAUACUUUCAUCUGUAUCUUCCGUUGGUGCAUGUGCGCAGAUUAACAUGAUGUUAAACAUUUUUCCUUUUAUCCUUAUGAAGCAUAGUCUUUCACUCACUGGUUUAAACCCAAUGACUGCAUUUACUGUCUCUCUUUUGACUGUAAACCCUGUUCCUAAGGCAGCCCUGCCAACAAUUGUCUGGGGGGAUUCCCCUUGCAGCUCUCAGGGUAGCUGACUUUGUAUUGGGUUGGUUCUCUAGCCAAUGUGGAUCCCUCCACUUCCUACAAGACAGUAGGUGCUGAUUUUGGUCCGCCCCAGGUAUUUUAUUUCCCAGAUACAUCAAUAACAAUUACAGUCAAAAGUGGCUAUAAAUAUUUAUCUGUUUUAUUAUAUGUGAAAUCUAUUAUGAAAAUAAAACCUCUGGAUAUCAGGUAAUAAUACUAAUCAUGUUAAAUGUUAUGAUAAAUACUUAAAUUCCCCACUUUCUGUUAGUCCAUAGGACACACUUCCACAGCUUGUGAUAUAGAAUCAAGUAUAGAUUCAGUUUCAUUUGCAUCAGAAGAUGAUUUAUUUAUUUUGGACUUAAGGUUGUAAAUUUCAGUGGGAAGAUAAUCUACAUCAUGCUGUUGUUCAAGCACUUGUCGAGCCUCAGAUGUCUGAAUCGUGGUGCAGGAUAUCAACAGACGCUUUGCCACAUUUAGUUCCACCUUGUAGUUUUUCGGAGGCUAAUACAAGUGGCACAUCUGGAGAAAAAAACAUACAAGUUACAAGAGUUACUUUGCAAAAAUAAUGUUGUAUUUUUAUAAUUGCCUUUAGGGUGAUGCAGUAUUUUGUAAAAAAAAUAUAUCCUGCAAACAUAACUAACCUUCACCGCGGGGAUAAAUGUUUAGGUUUAUUAUUUUUCGCAGUCAAGAUAUAAAACUCUAGUCAGAAAUACAAAUAGGUGCUUAAUAAAUGGUAUAAAACAUUCUCUUAAAAUGCAUCCCUCUCUAUAGUAAGUGUUGGCAGGUGACAACAAACGGCCACAAGAAUAUGUUUUGUAAAUAUGUUUAGCAGCACAUGUACUUAUGGUACUUCUUUUGAUACUUCAUGGCCAGUAUGUUCCUGCAUUGAAAUUGUAAUUGCAAGCCAAGAUGGAUUUCUCUUGGCAACAAGCUUUAUCUUUGGUCUGGCAUCCCACUUUGAAAGAACUGAAAGUCAAAAAAUAAAAAAAUUUUCAACCAAUUGCCAAAAGUGAUAAGAAUCAUACUAUUGGACAUAAAAUGAAAUUAUAUAUUACAUGACAUGACCAACUGGUAAAACUCCAAUAUGAUUCAGAAAGUUGGAGGAAGCAAAGUUAAUGUUAUCAGUAAAGUUUUUUUAAGAAGAGUAGAUCUAUAUUACUAUUACUAUUAAGGCUUAUGUAUCUCAAAUUUGACUCAGACUAAAUUUAAAUUAACUUACUCUUGUGAUUUUCUUCGUCCUGUUGAAGCCAUUGAAUCGUGGUUUAACACCUUGUUUGCAGCAUAGCAUAUUCAUAUUUAAGGUGUUCCAAAUUGGGAUCUUUGAUUUUUCUCUGACUGAAGAUCUUUUAGUGAAACACACAUUGUAUUCUUUACAACAAUUUUGAAUUUUUCUUCAAAAGAUGCAAAUGUACCGGUAUCAAACAUGUUACCAACCUCCAUUUUCAAAAAGAAAGUGAGACCUAAUGGAUUAUUAAGCCCAUCAACUCAAGUUCGGACCAGGAUUUUUUAUUAUUAAGACUAUUGGGUCCGAAUAGCCAUUUAAUCUAAAGGGACCUUGGUUCGAAUAGCCACUUUGAUAAUAUCGGUACAGUAAUUAUUAUAGAGUAGGAUGUACUUUAUUUUUGCAUUAUACUAUCCGGUAGUAUAUUAUUAUUAUUAGGCCUAUUCAUCAUACUCACUUUAGUCAUUUUUAAUUUAAUAAAUAAUUUAUAAUAUAAUAAAUUAAUAGUUUUAUUAAUAAUACCGGUAUAUUAAUAUUAUUAAAUCAUUUAUUAAAUGGAAGUGCUAGUUUAGUUACCAAGUUAAAACUAGUUAGCUAUUCUAGUCUAAGUUGUGGGCUUUGACUAUUUAUUUAGUAUUUAAUUUAUACUUACAAAGUUAAAUUAAUAGUGAGUAAAAGUCAGGGUAUACGUCCCAGUUAAGUCUUUCUUAGUACUGGUAUAAGUUAAUUAAGCUGUAUUAAUAGUAGAAGUCAGAAGAAGUUUAUUACUAUCACAUUCUAUGUUUGGCAUAUAUAAAUAAUAUAAUAAAAUAUGAAUUUUCUAUUUUCAGAAUACUGGUAUCAUGAACAAUGAUGUCUCAACAUUUGAAUUAUCAGCAUAGUAAUAGGUUAUUUGUGCAAUGUUUACUCCAGACCAAAGAUAGAAUGUGAAACUUGUCAUAGAAUGUGAAACUUGUCAUAGAAUGUGAAACUUGUCAUAGAAUGUGAAACUUGUCUUAAACUUAAACUGCUCUGAGUCUGAGCAAAUGGUUUAGACUGAUCACACUCAAACUGUUUACACAUAAUAUAGAUAUCAGCAGCUUUGUCUUAUUUACAAUAUAACAUUUAAAUUUAAUCUGAAAAGUAUGGAUUGGAAAGGCAUUCCUGUAUUAGGAAAUCAUGUUAAGCUUUUAAAACAUAGAAACUAUGUAUACAAGAUCAAAUUUAAAUACAAGAAAAUAAUCAAGGAUAAAAAAGCUGCCUUACUUAACAUUGUAUCAGCGUCAGCUGGCCAACAAAUGGAAGAUGUUCUCAGAGCUGUUUUAUAUAGAAUUGAUAGCAACAUGGUACAAAUCCCUAUACAGAGUGAAAAUUUUAUAUUUUAUCCACAAAUAUUACCUUGGCCAUUAGGGCAACAAGUUAUGUUUACAGUAAGGGGAAAAUCCUUCAACUGUAAUCCUCAACUCAUCUUACUGGAUGUUGUGUGUAAAGAAAUAUGUAUCACUGCAAACCAAAAGGAUGGACUUGAGCAGACUAAACAUUUAGAGCAUAAACAGCAGAUCCAAGCCACAACAAUAAAGUCCCAAAGCUUGCUGUCAAACAUGUACAAACUUGGAUUUGAAAAGCAGUACACAGCAUCAUGUGCAGAAAUUAAAUCUCUGCAGACCAAAAUAACUAAUGUACCAACACUUGCAUCAGCUAGGACCUCUAAGGUAAAUAAUACAACCCCACAAUCACAAAAGUCAAACAAAUCCACAUGUGAUACCCAAAUAUCCCAGAGAAAGAAAAAAAAACAUUUGAUUUUAGAGGAAAAUAAUCUUGUAUCUAAAUAUAGAGUUAAAGGCAGAAAAGAACCAUUGGAAACAAUGAAAUAUGAUGAUGGAGAAGUUAGCUUUGAUAUGUCUGAUAAAGAUGUCAUUGAAAUCUGUGAUGGUGGCAGUAUAGUCUAUGAAUCAGAAAGAAUUGAAGGGAAUGAUGAAGGUGUUGAUGAUGCUCAAAGGCGUAAACAGGGUUGGGGCAAGGAUGAUGUACUUUAUGAUUCAAAGAGAGUUGAUUCUCAAGACCCAAUAAGGCUGAGGGGCAAAAGAGCCAAAAAACAAUCGGAUGAAGUGGAUAUUGUGUCAACAAGUGUUAUCAAGAGUCCUAAUAGUAAUAGCUUUAUUGUAACAAGGAAUCAAGUGAAAUCAAAUCCAAUUGGCAUUUCAAGAUCAACAAAUUCAUUGAAUAUUAACAGUUCACCUGGAAAAAGAAAAUGCCAAGGAAUCAAACAGGAUCAUUUGGAAUCACAACUGUCACAAAGCAGUUAUCAGUCCUUAAACUCCUCACAGUCUUCAUCAAGUUGUACAUCUAUUGUCAAACAGGCCAGAGGAAGAAAGCACAAACAAAGAGUGCACAGCACACCAGUCUGGUUGUCGAAAGAUGAUGUCUGGUUAUUCAGCGGUGCACCAAAAGAACUACACAAAUUGGGGGUAGGCUUUUUCUUUCUGUCACCCUUCCUAGUACUAAGUAGUAGAUGAAAAUUUGGACUAAGAGCAAUUAAUUUAAAUGUUUUUAAAUCUAAUUCAAUAAUAUUCUUUCAAGCGGUUAGUAAUAGUAAUGUUCCAAAGUUUUGUUUUUUUUAAAAUACGGAUUAAAGAACUUCUUUCCAUUCAUUCCCUGUCACCAGUUGCAGUGUUACCAAAGAUUGUGCUUUAUAAAUUAUAUUGAUACAAUUUAUUACUUUUUUUUUUCCAGUCUUAAGAAAGGUAGAAGUAGAUAAAAGAAAUAGCUGAUCUGCUUGGAUAUCAACAGCAAGUCUUCAAAAUGCUAUGACAGUGUUUAUACUGUACUAGAUACGGUAUAUACAUUUUUAUCAUAAAUACCGGUACUGAUAUUAUUAGUAAUUAUUUUUAAAAAAGCAUUAAUUUUGAAUAAUCAAUGUUGAAUAUGUUCCUGACAGAUCUUUUUUCUUUACUAGAGAAUUUUAAAAAUUGUUUAGUUAAUAAUUUAAGUUUUUUUCACUCUAUUGAUUAUUUGUUUUUGUUAACGGUAAAAUAACUUUGAUUUUGAAUAGUUUUUGUUAAAGCAAUUGAUCAUGUAACUUAAUAUUUUGUUAUAUUUUAAAAUGUUGAAGAUUUAUUCAUAGUUAUGUUAUUUGAACUUAGAAAGGAAAUAAAAUAAUAUAAUAAAAUAUCUAACAUUUCAAUUUUGUAUUCAUUAUUAAGUCUACAAAAAUUAUAGUGUAUUUGAUAUGAAAAUCAUAUUACCUUACUAAAGUGUAUUCCUAUUUCAAAUUUUAAAAAUAACAUUAUCCUGAGGUAUUUUAAGAUGCAUAUUUUUUUAAUGUUAUAAUAUAGAAUGGUCAAAUAU